CACUAUUAUUUCCAAUGAAAGUCAAAGGAAGCCAAAGCCCUCCUUACCUUUCCAUGCUUUAUAUGCGGCAGGGCUUUACGUCUUCCCUUACUCUGCCAAGGAGUCCUAUGACUUCUCGGGAUCUGCUCAUAUUAAUCUGGCGCGACACGGUGUUCAAUUAAUUCAAUUGAUUUCGGGAUCGAAAGCGUCACUUCAAAGCCCGUCGACAUUGAACAUUCGACUUUCAACGUUGGUGAAGCAAAAGAACAGAGCUGAAUGACCUACCUAGGUAAAGGGAUCAUACCGACCAGCCCUCGCCAUCCCUCUACCGAAAUACCCUACCGACGUUGUGCACCUCCGCCUGCUAUUCCUUUGCCGCUAUUUAUUGCAACCGCUGGACGACGAACACAGCAGACGAUCAUCAUUGGUGCGACGGGUCCAGGUCGAGUCAGCCCGCGCCAGCCUGUUGGUUCAAGUCCAGCAAAAUCAUUCGCCGCCGCAUAGAAAGCUGACUCAGAAUUCCUCAUCCCACAGGUCAAAGUACGACUUCAAGCGGACACAACGUUCGCUCUAGUCGAUACGGGGAACGGGACACGGGUAUUCCCACCAAGUUCCUUUUGCUCUAUCCGUCUUCCAUGUCGCGGAGGAGGGGAGGAUAGGGCCGCCGCGCGUUUGAUUACCCUCUAGAUCACCCUCUAGUUAUACUCGCAACAUGGAGGACCAAAGACAACGUAAAAAUGGCCCGAGGGCGCCUGAACAACCUCCGGAUCUGCCAACAAAAGGGAAACCUAGGUUGCUCCUAAUGGGGCAGAGAAGGAGUGGCAAGUCCUCGAUAUCAAGCGUAGUAUUUCAUAAAUUACCACCAAGCGAGACCUUGUUUCUCGAGUCAACAGCGCGAAUCCAGAAGGACACUAUGCCGUCGUUCAUGGAUUUCCAAGUCUGGGACUUUCCGGGUCAAAUCGACAUAUUUGACAACCCAACAUUCGACAUCGAUGCAAUGUUUGGUGAGAUCGGCGCUCUGAUCUGGGUUAUCGAUGCUCAGGAUGAUUACCUGGAGGCCGUAGCACGUCUGAAUGAGACGAUAUUAAACCUUCAGCGGACAUACCCGAACAUUAAAAUCGAGGUCUUCAUUCAUAAGGUAGACGGCUUAUCGGAUGACUACAAGUUAGAUAUCCAACGAGAUAUCACUAUACGAAUCCAGGACGAACUUUCGGAUCACGGGUUUGAAAAUGCGCCUGUCACCUUUCACCUGACUAGUAUUUACAACCACAGCAUAUUCGAGGCAUUCAGCAAGGUCAUUCAGAAACUUAUUCCUCGUCUGGGAAUUCUCGAGGCGAUGCUUACUAACCUUUGCCGAACUUGCCGUUUCGAAAAAGCCUACCUUUUCGACGUCUUGUCAAAGAUUUACAUCGCGACGGAUAGUGAGCCAGCGGACAUGGCGAGUUACGAGAUAUGUUCCGAUUAUAUUGAUGUCAUAAUAGACGUCACGGAAGUGUACGGUAGCUGGCCUCGAACUCAACGAUAUCGCGAAGCUCUAGAAGGGCCGCCAUGGAAUCAGAAGAUAGAGGACCAAGUGGCUUCGGGUUGUGCCGAGAGCUGCAUGGUGUUAAGCGAUGGGGACAAGCCCAUAAUACUACGCGAGGUCGACAAGUAUCUCGCUCUAGUUGCGAUUAUGAAGGAAGGCAGUUAUGACAAAAUGCCGCUUGUUAACAUGAACGUUGAGGUGGUGGUGCAAGGAUUGAAGGAGUUCUUCGAGAUUACCAAACCGAAAUAAGCAUCGGCCUAAUUUAGGUUGAGUUGUUGGCUUGGAGCGAAGGAAUCUAAUGCUGGCGCGGUCGGUAGCGGUACCUAUGGAAAUACUUCUAGUGGACAAGGAACCGUCCACGUUUAUUCAGGAUCAAUGCGGCAGUCUACGGUUCACGUCAUUCGCCUUGGCACACGUGCCUGAUCGAAUCUCCGAUGACGGUGGACGAAGGCACUUCAAACCCUGGCGCUCUAUUAAAACCAUAACUUGAAUAUAAAAAUUCAUUUUCUUGAAAA